ACUCAUUCAAGUACUUCCGUGGCCCGCUGGCAGUCGAUCCUCUGUUCUUGAACUCUCCUCCGGACAUCUGCGCUCGCAAUACAUUCCGUACUUCGGCUGUUCCUAAAUAUGCCCAGCGAUCACCAGGAUUCAGAGCUCGUUUUAUCGAAUGAGAUCGUCAGAGCACUGGGAAACGAGCUGACGAGGCUGAGAGCAUGCAACGCGGAUCUCAAGGCUAGCAUUGGCACUCUUGAAGCCAGCAAGGACGAAGCCGAUCGUAGAAAUUGUACUGUUGUGUCUAGGAACGACGAGCUAGAGGGAGAGAACGAGCGGCUUCAACAGGAGCUAGAUGAUACCCGCCGCAGUCUGCAAGGGAGAAUAAAAGAAGAAGACUCGGAGCCGUGCAUUUUAUCCGCUGGAUCUGUAAGAUUUGUGCAGUAGCUUUGGUUUGGGUCGCUGACACGCCUGCACGGACUAGCCCUAUGAACAGGUUAGGCGCAAAUUGGCAGAGACAGAACAGAGGCUACAAGAGGAAAGGCUCGAGCACGCUCGUGUCGUUGAGGCUCUGGAAGAGCGGCUUGAGAAUGCUA